UAGCAUUUUCAAUUGUUAAAUACUUUUAUCAAUUACAAACAAUUAGAGAUGUGCGAGUACCCGAAAAACUGAGUAGCUUGGUCCUCGAGUCGAGCUGGCAAAAGACCGGGCGAUUCCGGGCGAUAACUCGAUAAAUGCUCGAGCUACUCGGUCGCGGAAGCUCACCUACUAUCCUCAUGCCGCUGUUCUUCAGUUCGGUGACACUAACAUUCGAAUUAUUUUUAAUACAAAUAUAAGUAAACACAUUGGUAUAGCUAAAAGUACGUUCGAUCAUGGUUUAAUAGAAGCUCACCUGUAUGUUCUGUGCUGACCAUGAAUCAGUUCAGAUAAAUAAGGUUCUAUUGCAUUGUUUUUAAAUAACAAUUUUAGGUUCAGAUAAUUUGCAUAUUUCGUUGAUCAAUAAAUCAUUAACGCAGAUCCUUUCAAGCCGUACUUCAAAUCCCAUCAAGCGGACGUAUUCAUGACGAGUCAGUAUCAACCAAACAUACCUCUACCACCAUGGCCACCGGUCUACCAUCCAGGCAGCGUUCCAGGCAUGCAAACACAUCCAAGUUCCGGUUCUCUGCCUCAGAAUGUCCUCGACCAGAUUCGCAGCUGUGUCGGCAACACAACUCCUAUAUUUAUCCUGCCAGGAGGUUCGUGUCAUCAGCCCACAAGUCAUCAACAAAGCCAGUCGAAUCAAGGCCAACAGACGGGACAGUCAACAGUGUACUGUCCACCCUCGUUCUACCCCUAUCCAAUUCCUAUGCCUGUAUUCGAUUCGUUCGGUGCACAAAAUCGUGUCAAGGACGGACCUGGUUGCUCUUGCUGUCGCAGGAGUCAAGAUUUCGAUGGCAGAGUUCAUCUGUGCUGUUGUAAUCUACAAGAGCGCGAGGAGCAUCGUUGCACGGUGACUAGCGAUGAUACUAUUUGCUCAAGAAAAAACUGUCCAGCUGCUAUAAGCUUGCAAGCGUUAGCAUCGCAGCUUCUAUCGCUGCCAGGAAUCAUAUCUUGCGCCGCUACGCGUCUGAUCUUGAGGAAGAUACCUGGGUCCAACAUAACUUGCACUAUGGAGGAUACGAUGGACAAAGCGCUGAAAUCUAUCGACACGCUUACUAAGAAUCAACUGCUGGCCGAGUCGAGGAACGCGCAGCAGGUGAACGCGUUGAUCAAUCUUCAUAUGACUACCAACUUACCGUCGAACAUCAUUCCUCUUCUGACAUUGUUGCAAUUGAAAGUGAAUGUACUUAAGGCGCAGGUUGAGAACUUGAUCAACAAGAAGGUGAUGGAGUGUCAGGCCAGUUAUGGAUGUGAGGUGGAAACUAGUGGUCCCAUUGACCCCACCAUCCUAACAAUGAAAACGAACGCAGAAUUACGAGACUUGUUAUCCGUUUUGCGGCAGAAAGAAUGCGACGAGAGAGUAAACGUGAACUUCUCGCCUUAUCAUUCGCAAAAAGUGAUCGCCGAGGCCCGAUUGAACAAUGUCCAGGCGAAGAUCCAGCAGAUCGAGGGAGAGUUCGACAGAAGAAGAGGUUGCGCGGUACCAACUCCAACACUCACCUCCAGAGUCAUUCAACAGUUCUCUGAGUCCAGGUGCACUUACGGUUUCACGCAAGCGCCAUUGUUCGAACCCUACGUGCAAAGGUCGAUGGAAUCGCCAGAUCCGUUCACGCCAAGCAUUCGCAAUCCUAGGAGGCUAUAUCUGAAGCCUCGGGAUCAGAAGGAAGGAUACAAAGCGACGUCUGAAAUUGGAACUUCAUCGUGUAAGGAUACUGGGACCGGUGAAUGCACUGUGGACUGUAUGGACAAGGCUGUCGAACCAAAAACGAGCGUGGACACGUGCAGCUGUGAAGAGAGCUCCUCAGAUGACAGUUUUGAUGGAGCUAAAAAAAAACUUCGAUUAAAGAUUGACCGAAAAGGGCUCGUGACUUUGACCAGUGUUAAUUGUAGGUUGAAAGAUGUGCCAUUGUUGAUGCUAGCACCGAACGUUACGAGAAUCGAGGAAGAUCCUAAAGAAGUGGAAGAAAUAAAGGAAAUGAGAGAACAUGUGGAACGUAUGUUAUCAGAACCAAUAUUAGAAACAGAAACUAAAGUUCUUGAAGAAGAUGAUGACGAAAACGAUGUUGAAUUAUUGCCUAUUAGAAGAAAGGCUGAUAGCAAGCAAUUUGGCAUCAUUACAAUCUCGGAUGACGAGGAGAUAGAAAAGGAAGUUGAAAAAGAACCUAAAAAAGAAAUUGAAAUAAUAGUAAUUUCGGAUGAUGAAGACGAAGGAGAGGUUGAUAUUAGAAAAGAAGGAAUGGAGGAAAAACCUAGGAAAGAGAUCUUAGUUAUUACAAUUUCGGACGAUGAAGAGGAGGAUAUUGAUCAGGAAAAAGUAGAAAUUAAAAAGGAACCCGAAAUUAAUGAAAUUAUUUUAGAGCACGAAGAUAUCGAAGUAAAACGCAAGAUUAAAGAAGAGAAGGAAAUUCCUGACCAUACAAUCGUCAAGGAAGAACCGAAAGAAGAAUUUGCAACGGGUAUUUCAGUAAAGGAGGAACUAAAAGAAGCUAUUAAAGAGGAACCAAUAGAAGAAAAGAUGAAGCGAACACCGCCAUGGAAAGUAACGAACGCUCUAAAAACUUGGCAAUUGAAAAAGAAACUUAAAUUAACAGAUAAAGAUAUUAAAACAAGUGUAGACAUACUAGAGGAACCAAAAAUGGAAACGGUAGAAGUACCAAGGGUGGAAACUGUCUCAGUAAAAGAAGAACCAGAAGAAGCAAUCAAAGCAGAAUCGAUACAAGAAAAGGUAAAACCAAUACCGGCAUGGAAAGUAGCACAUGCUGCAAAGACUUGGCAAUUGAGAACGAAACCAAAAUUACCUGAUAAAGAUAUUAAAAGUGUAGAUGUAUCAGAAGAACUAAAAACAGAAAGAGAAGUGGAAACCGUUCCAAUAAAAGAAGAACCAGAAGAAAGUAAGAAACCAAAGUUUGUCACAGAAGCGGUCAUACAAUUAAAGCCCACAGUAAAGAAAGCAGAAUUAUACAUCCCACCAAGAGUAGAAGCUACACCAGUGGGAGAAGAGUCUCCAGUUUUUGUUACAAGAGAAGAAAUGGAAACUGUUCCAAUAAAAGAACCAGAAGAAACUAAGGAAUCAAAGUUCAUCACAAGUGCGACCAUACAAUUAAAGCCCACAGUAAAGAAAGCAGAAUUAUACAUCCCAUCAAGAGUAGAAGCUACACCAGUGCGAGAAAAAUCACCAAUUUUUGUUACGAGAGCAUACAUAGAACCAGAAGUGCCGAAGAUGCAGCUGCGAGCACAACCAGAAAUGGAAAUCAAAGUUGAAUCGAAAAUAGCCAAACAAAAGAAGACAGGACAGGUUAUUAUACCUAGAUUCGAAACCACAGCAGUCAGGGAAGAAGAUACGAAAUCGGAACCAAGGAAGGAAUCGUAUGUAAGACCAAAGUGGAAAGUAGCUGAAGCCGUAAAGACUUGGGAGAAAAGAAAAGAAGUACAUCCUACUGCCAAAUCAAUGAAGCCAAGAAUAGAACCAGAAACGAUCUUAACAAGAAAACAACUGGAAGCAGCUGUCAAAGAAAUCGGGGAGCCGAAAACAGAGGAGACACAACCGCAUAUUAUAUCAAAGAAAGAAUUAGUAAAGGCUAUAAAGGAUUUAGAUUUAAAUGAAAAGGUACUUGUUGACACGGCAAAAGAGACAAAAAUAGGAAUUUUUCCAGAAAAAGAAGAACCGCGAGUAUCUGUCGAAGAAAUUGGGAAACCAGAAAGAUAUGUAGUAUCAAAGAAAAAAUUAAUGGAAGCUAUAACAGCUAUCGAAACGAACAAAACGGGAGAAAUAGAUCUGAAAGACAGGCUUGAUUUGUCAGGUAUUCGGGGUUUGUAUAAACAGGUUGUAACUACAUUGGGUGAUAAACCAGCGGUUAAAGAUAUCCCAAUAACUCUUCAACCGAGGGUAGUAGGACCAAGCGGGAUAACGUGGACCCCGGAUCCCUUGCUGAGCACUAUCAAACUUCCCAGGAAUCCAAUUGAUAAAAAGGAAACGAAUCUUAAAUCAGAUGGCGAAUUGCAGAAAAAAAAAGAAGAUGGAAAUGUGCAGAUCGUUUCCCUGAUGAACCACAUUGAAUACACGCAACGGUUCGGCGAUUUUCGGGAGACCAGUCUUAAUGAGUUGCAUGAUUGUAUCCUGGAAGAUGGACAUCAAAGAAGCUUUAAUUCUUCGGAUGUUGAAAGAGCAAACAUAGCGAAUGAUAUGAAUUUUUUCUCAAAAAGAGUAAAUACCUCUAUGAUAUUCGUUAAUCAGCAGUACGGGCCGUUAAUGAUCUCCGUAGCUACCGAGACGAGCGUAGAGAAGAUUGCACUGUCAGAAAAAAUGUUUCCAAAGCUUCAUCGAAGAGAAAGUAAGUACGAGAAAGUAAAUGGGUCGAACCCUUUCCCGCCGCUGAAGGAAUUGAAUACGAUGGGAACAGAAACAGCGAAGACCAUCUCAGAAAAUGUAUUCCAUCAAAGAGGGAUUGAAUCGGGUUGGAAGACAGUUUGUGACAGGGGUAGCUCCUGUUGGGAUUCAGAAGUAGAGGAUAGCAUUGUCUCCACGAUAUACUCCGCCAUCGAAAAUAAAAUAGCUUCGUUCACCUCGUUGCUGAGUAACGUACCGAGUUUACGAUUGAACAAAAUGUCGUCGAAUUGCAACGGAAGCUCCCUUCCGAGUCAGCGAGAUAGUAUAAAAAAUAAAAGAAUAAGAAACACGAAGGACGAUUGGGUUUACCUUCCCUCACGAAAUCGCGUUUCCGUUAGCAAGAUACGCGAAUUGAAACCGUCAAUAAUCGUAGAUAAAGAGACGAAUAAGUACUCUCUAGUUGGGCAAUCUGUUAGUAGUCGCGAGCUUGGAUUCAAGAGACCGUAUCAGAGGCGCAGGUUUCUAGUGAUAAGGAGCAAAUUAAAAAAUCCUGCAAAUUCGAAACACGAACAGCCAUUCACACUAUUUAAGACAUCGAAAAGAACAAAAGUGCCUCAAGCCACAAAACGAGAGAGGAGCAAGAAAUUUUUAUUGCUGCCUAAAAUACCGGAAGAGGUGGAAACGUUGAGCAACAAUAGCGGUGAGUUUGUAAAAAUAGAAAAUGAAUCGUUAAGUGAAACGUCGAGCAGCGAGUUUGUAAAAAUAUCUGAAACCGAAAUAUCACAACUAAUUAAUGAAUAGGUAUGAUACGGACGGAAAUAACAAUUAUACUUCUGACUCGAUUGAAAAUGAACAGAG